ACUGAGGCAUGCUUCCUGUACACCUUUCCCCCCAAUGCAUAUUUAGGUCGCCGUUUUCAAAUUUUCCGAAACAAACAUAAAGUGUAGCCAAGCAUAAGGAGACCAUCUUGCAGAUCGGGGACUUGGAAUCCUCAUUCGGUGCCUAUCAAAGAGAUUGUUGUUGAUUGUAAUAUCGAUAUUUACGAGCUCCACUUUGACCUUCAUAAGCAUACGUUUUUUCAUUUACGGUUUCAAAAUGCUAAGAAUUCCGGUUGCUCCUGCCUCAUGAGUUCAGAUUGACAUUCCUUUGAAACUUACUAACGAUCUGUGCGAACUGCUCGACUUUUUCUGAUUAAGGAUCCAUUAGACAAAAUAAAUUGUGUCAUAUAUUUCGGAGGUUGAAAUGAGGUGCAAUGCAUGCUGGAUAGAAUUGGAAGGGCAAGCCAUCUCCACCACAUGUGGUCACAUCUUCUGUACAGAAGAUGCCGAUAAAAUUCUCAGUACUGAUGCUGCUUGCCCUAUAUGUAGUCAAGUCCUCUCUAAAAGUCUCAUGAAGCCUGUAGAUAUCAACCCAAGUGAAGAUUGGAUAAAUAUGGCCAUUGUUGGGGUGGCACCGCAAAUAUUGAUGGAGAGUGCUUAUAGAAGUGUGGCGUUCUACAUUGGACAAAAGGAAUUGGAAAUGGAAUCUAAAAUGAACAGGAUUGUAACUCAGUGCAGGCAGAAAUGUGAGGUCAUGGAACAACAAUUCUCUGAAAAGUUGGAACAAAUGCAAACGGCAUAUCAGAAGAUGUCUAAGAGGUGCCAAAUGAUGGAACAAGAGGUUGAGAAUUUGUCUAGAGACAAGAAAGAGCUUCAAGAAAAGUUUGCUGAAAAAACCAGACAAAGGAGAAAACUUGAAGAGAUGUACGAUGAAUUGAGCAGCGAAUACGGAUCAGUAAAGCGGGCAGCCAUUCGUCCUGCUCCUAAGUGUUAUUCAAGAAUGAACCCUAAUAAUCUCUUCUCAAAUCCUGCUAAUAUGACACAUUACAGAGAUCAUAUCAGAAAAGAGUGGUCAGUUUCAACUCCUGACACACCUGGGCCCAGAGAAGGUAUAUGGCCACCUCCAGCAAGACAAAAUACUAGUGACUCUGGCCCCUAUGAGAUAUCAAGCGACUCCGCCGCAAAACAACCAGGAAUUUCAAUGGAUGGUGGAAACACCACUGGUGCUCGUCCAGUGUUUGGCCUUGAAACUGUGGGUAGCAACCCUUCAAUGAUCAUCAGAAACCUCAUCAUUUCACCAAUAAAGAGGCCUAAUAUAGGUCUCCGCCAACUCCAACUAUCCUCAUAAAUCUCUACUUUACGUGUGACAUCCCUGUCUUUAAACUUCACCCAAUAACAAUUAUACUCUGUCAUAGUUAUAACAAUGAUAACGAUGAUGAACAUAGCUGUAAUAGUAAAUAAUAUUAAUGAUAAAAAUAAUGAUAUUAAUAAUAAAAAAUAAU